CACAAGCGACAUACAGAAGCGACUUGGAACUAACAUCUACUAAAUCAUCAGGCAACAGUCAGAGCCGAAUUCAUCCGAGAGGUCUUCCACUGACUCAGUGACACUACUUUGCGCGGAAGAGCAAAAGCCCCAUUCAGGUGGGCGUGCUGACUCGUUUUAGCAAACCCAUGAGCUGAGCUUGGAUGGUACUCAACACAACGACCCGACACUUGUACGGCACGGGCGUACGUAUUUACAACGCUCCGUUCUUGCUGCGUACUGGAGGGACUGCCCAGUGUCUGCUGCUGGCGUUUCAAAGGGACCGGCGAGAGGGGAGGUAUUGCAUAACCUGCAGCACACUGCUCACAAAGAGGCAAGUGGGAGCGCUUUAUUUCAAAACUAAUGGCGCCCUGGCAGGAUAUUGUCUUUCAUUUUAAAACGCAAUUUUAACCGGACAUAUCUGCCAAUAUAAUUUUCUCCAGAAAUGAACAAGCGUGAUUGUACGAUUUCGGCGGUCAGCUGGACCAGAGCAAAAAGGCAUCAGUCUUUAAAACUACUUUGAACUUUGAAUGGCCGGUGUUGGUGCGUUCACGUCUCUUCCCAGAAAUGUUUGCGCGGUUUGCGCGCACGGUGUGCGCUUUCAAGAGGACGUCUUCUGUUCAUUUAGUCUGUUUUCUUUUCGAGCUGAUCUAUUUUAACUGACCGCUAAAAAACAAACAAACAAACAAAAACCGUCCUCAUUCACCACUGCUGGUCUUCUCACAUUCUGGUCCAAAUGCUGGAAUGGACUGGCGUUGUUUGCGUCCUCGUCUCGGUGGCCACAAUCUGGUCGGUCCUGAAAUAUUUGGGAGCGGAGAAUCGGUCCCCUCCGCUGUGCCGCGAGCUUGAAGUUCCGCGGCGCAAGAGCAAGAGGUGCGCGUCAGACCGCGGCACGGGGACGGAGAGGCCACCGGAGGGGCCACCGGAGGGACCCGCUGAAUCGCCUACCGUCGCGAUGAUAUGCAAACCCUCCGCACUGGCAAACUAUCUCCUCAGACACUGCCCGAGUUUCUGCAAAAGCGAGUCGACGCCGGCAUGGGACUGGCGAGCGAGUCCGUGUGCGCAGACUGUUGUCGGGGCUUUCUGGCCACAUGACUCUGCCGUUCAUUUCGUCCGAGAUCAUUUGCAGCUAAGUGACGACGGACUGAUCGCUUUAGACUGGGCUGCUGUUGGUGCAGCACAGCACAAGAGGAGGACUUCCAGUAAUUCCACCAGCCCCAUUCUUUUAAUAAUCCCAAACUCUUUUGGAAAAAUCACCCGGAACGUACGAAAGCUCUGUGAGGCGGCCCUGGGACACGGCUACCUCCCCGUGGUGUUCAACCGCCGCAGCCAGAAUGGCACGCCCCUCUGCACGCUCAAGCUGCAGGAGUUCGGAGACCCGGCCGACCUGCGCGAGGCGGUGCGCUACAUCCGCUACCGCCAGCCGGCCGGCCGCCUCUAUGCCGUGAGCGAGAGCACCGGCUCGGGCCUGCUCCUCUCCUACCUGGGCGAGUGCGGCUCCUCCAGCUACGUCACCGCUGCCGCCUGCCUGUCGCCUGUGUUCCGUUGCCAGAGCUGGUUCGAGAGCGGCCCCACCUGGCUCUUCCACCGAGCCCUGCUGCUCUACCAGAAGUUCUGCCUCAGCAGGUACAAGACCGUGCUGACGGAGCUGGUCCACACAGACAGCCUGUUCUCCAGCCCCUCGCUCAGAUCCAUGGAGGAGGUGCUGUUUUGUCAGGCCGGUCCAAAGGGCCCGCCAGCAGAGGGCGCCUGGGAGGCCUACUGGGAGCGCAACGACCCGCUGAGGGACGUGGACGAGGUGGCCAUCCCCGUGCUGUGCAUUUGCAGCCGAGACGACCCUGUGCGCGGCGAUCCUCGAGCCACGUUGCCCCUGGAGCUCUUUGAGGGCAACCCCCACUUCUUCCUGCUUCUCAGCAGCCAUGGGGGCCAUUGUGGCUUCGCCACGCCGGACGAGGGGCCUGUACUCUGGAGCCACCGGGCCCUUCUGGAGUUCUUCAGGGCCACCAGCGACUUCUUCGCCGCCGAGGAGCGGGCCAAGCAGACGGCCCGGCGCAGGGGCCUGGGCGGGGGAGGCAAAGCGUUCCGGCACCGGAGCGUCAGCACAUGCAAGAAGCUGCCCGUCUGCUCACACAACAUCCAUGCCAUCUACAACUGGCAGAGGUCCUACACCAGAUGAUGGCAUGGCCCCUCGUGGGCUUCAGAUGGAAAGGGCGCGUCGACCACCAGACUAGGCAUUGAUCACAUGAGCAGCUGUCCGAUGGUGCAGUAUUGCGGUACCAGCAGUCUUGGUUUUUCAUAUUUGAUUUAGUCAGCUAUGGACGAGCUGAGCGCUUAAUUCCAGGAUUCCGGGUUCAUUGAAAAGGACCCCGGAUUUCCAGGUUCCUUAAGUGGUGCUUCCAGUAUCUCAUUCCAUAAGACCUCACGUUCAUCUGGAAAGCUCCUGCAGUCUUGAGUUGUUCUUUUUGCCAUUUAAAAAUGUCCUGCACGCAGUGUAAUAGACAAAGAAGAUCCCAGGGACCAUAGACGUGAAGUUUCCAUGAGGUAAUACUCUUUAGUGUCUGAGAGGCAUUUGCAAAGUAGAGCAAGGCUGCCUCCUUGCUGUAUGAUGGAGUGUGUUGUGUGCAAGUUGUCUGAACUGUUGGGAGGUUUUUUUUGUGGGUUUUUUUUGUACCACACCGAGGUUGCAGGGAAAUGGCUCUCUUGUGGUGGGGGCUGGAUGCUUUGGCUUUUCACUGAAAACACAGGAUGGAUGGUACGCCUGCUACAAUGAUUAUUUGUUAAAUUAUCUACAUGAAGUAUACAAUUAAAAGAAUGUAUUUGAA